UUGCUUCUAAAAGGUGCACCUCGGCCAUCAAACGGAAAAGAAUCAAUUUAUAUGUAUAUUGAUAUAUUUAGCUUAAUAUCAUAUGAUACUGUACCACAUAACAAGUAUACAAAUGUCACCGGUGUAUCCAGGAAGCCUUAG